AAUAUUGAAGUGUCGCAUGCAGACGAGUGUGAAUUUGUGUCUGCUAUAAAGAAAAUAUAGAUAUUUUCUUUUAAUAUAUUUGUGUGUUAAUUGUUUGCUAAUUUGCCUAAAAACUAUUAAAAAUAUAGUGAAAAAGGUCUUAUUUCUACAGCCAAAUUUCUUAAGACAAGAAAAACUGAAAAAGAAAUUGGACUCAAUAUAUAAACAGAAAAAUAAACAGUUUAAACAAAAUAUAACAAAAUAUAUUUAAUAGAAUACAAGAUUUUCUUUAAAUAUCGCAAAAAAACAAAAACAAAAAAGAAUUAAAGAAAAAGUGCAAAAAUCUUAAUUUUGAAUUGAAUAUAUAAAAAAAAUAUUGAAAAAAUAGUGUUUUUUAAGUGAAAUACUGGAAUUUCAAUCUUAACAAAAAAAAAACAAAAAACUUGAAAAUUUUUCAAAUUAAAAACGUAAAAAAAAUAAAACGCGUAAAUCUGGUUAAAUAAUAAACAAAUUAAACGUGUUGCGACGGGGGCAUGUUUAGUGGGAUUGAAUGUGCGGUUAAGUGUCGUCUAUGGCCGAGUCCGUUAAUUGUCAAUCGCUCUCUGCAGUGACGGAGGGGCACGACGGCAGCAUAUUGGUAUAUGCACAAAAUACAACAGCAGCAACAUUAAAUAAUACAACAAAAACAACGGCCAAACAUAGACGUGGUGGUCGCCAGCAACAACAGCAACAUCAUCAACAACAGCAUCAACAAAACAAACAACAACAAUCCCAUAAUAACAAUAACAAUAUUAGCAAAAACUUAACCGUUUCUCAAUCCACAACCGAUAAACGUUCACGCAGCAAGUCACGCUCUUCAGCACAUCAAGAACACCAGCAACAACAACAAUCACCUUUUAAUACCAGCAACAAUUCCAAUAAUAACAUUAGUAGUGUUAGUAAUAGUAAUAAUCGUACUUCAUCACGUAAUUCAACUUUUAACGCUUCAACAUCAUCAUCGUCAGCAGUUAUAUCACCUGCUUCGCCAAUAACUCCACCACCCUCUACACGUAGUGAACGUAAACGUCAUUACGCUGAUAAGACAGCAAUAACAACUUCUGCUCCAUCUACAAAUUAUUCCUCAUCAUCUAUUGGUGAUCAUCCUACAGAUUUAACGUCACCUUUAAAGAAACGGCGUUAUCAUAAUCACAGCUUACAGGAUACAGACUCAACACCUUUAUCGACCACAAGCGGUAAUAGUAGCAGUGGUAGUAAAUACAAUACUCCGAGGGAACAAGAAGGUGAUUGUGUAGCACGAAGAACUCGUUCAAAAACCGUCUCACCAGAAGAACCAACCACUAGUAGUGGUGUAGGUGGUUAUACAAGCAGUGCAUACAAUCAAAGACGGGCAAGUUAUACAAAAGCAACACCAACACAACAACUGCAGCAGCAACAAUAUCAAAAAUUGUGUUUUGAAACACCACAACGCAGUACAGCAGCGACAACAGCAACAAAUAACGGCGGUAGCAGCAGCAGCAGCACCAAUACAAACAAUAAUAAUAAUAAUAACAAGAGUAAAAGUAAUUUAUUAAAUUAUUAUCGUAAAACACGUAAAAUCAGUCAUAGUCGUUCAACGUCAGCAACAACAACAACAACUGCAGCAGCAACAGCCACAACAAACGCAAACAAUACAACAAAGAGAGCACAAGCUUUGAACGUUUCAAUCUCUUCAAUUAGCGACGAAAGUUCGGAUACGAGUAGUAGCGAAAUCCAGCAACAACAGCAACUAAAGCACCAGCAGAAACAAACAAAAACAAACGCCUUUACGUCUGAAGAAAAAUAUAAAUUUAAAUCGUCCACCGGAUCGUCAAGACACAACAAACGGAAUUAUAGAAAUCAAAAUAAUAAAAUAAAUAAGAAAAAAUCAACAGCCACCGCUACAACAACCACAUCAUCAGCGCGCAGUAACCAGAAAAUUGAAUGUAGUAGUAGUAACGUUGUUGCCGAUAAGAAACAACAACAUCAUCAUCAACAACAGCAACAGCAAAAUAAAAAUUUCUUAUCAAUUGUGGGAAAUAAAACGAAAUUAAAUACAAAAGCAACACAUACUACUGCGUCUUCAACAACCGCAUCUGGUACUGGAACUGGUUCACAUACAACAACAACACUUGCCACAGAAAGUGCCACAACCUCGGCAACCAACACAUUUGGCUCGACCCACGAUCAGCAGGAACAAUCGCAAUCACCACCAACCUUACAUUUAGAUAAAAUUUCCAAAUACCGCAAAAGUCUACGAACUUAUCAAAACUUUUUAAACAAUUUAACAGACGAGCUAAAUACCGUCACACAAACGCACGGCCAAACAAACGAAACGAACGCAGUUGUCGUUGGUGAUAAUCUUCAACUAGCCAAUACUAGUAAAAACUCCACUACCAACAGCAGCAGCAACAACAACAACAACAACAACAACAUUAAUAAUACGGAGUCACAACGCAGUAGCUCCUCAGCGUAUCAUUGUAAUAUCGAUAAAGAACUAUUUCUGGCCGCUGACAUUUCGACCGAAGAGGAGGAGGACGACGAUAACACAGCCGACGAGGAAGUUGUUGAAGAAGAAGAGCAGAUCGAAGAGGACGAGGAGAAUAACGUCGACGACGACGAGAAUAUUACAGGCGGCGACGCUGACAAUAACGACGACGUCGAAGAAGAAGAGGUCGUUGACGAAGACGAGGAAAUUGAACUACUCGACGAAGACGACGACGAGGAGGAAGAGGACGACGACGAUAUCGGCGACGAAGAGGAGGAUAUCGACGACGAAGAAAUUGAGGAGGAGGAAGAAGAUCUAGACGACGAUAUACACGACUCAGUACUUGCUAUCAGAGGUAAACGCCAACAACAACAACACCAACGUAGCCAACAACAGCAGCAGCAAGAACAAUUAAAAUUAAAUAAAAAAGGUCUUGUAAAAAGUGGACGACAACAAACUGUGAAAUAUAUCCAACAAGAAAAUUGUUUACAAACUCCCACAAAACAGCCCCAACAGCAGCAACAAGAACAACAACAAACGCUGCAGCAGCAGACGUCACAGCAACCAAACCAACGGCGACUUAAAGAACGUGGUGGUGCUACAAAUCACAAUCGUUUAGCCCAGGAAGUGGCAAGUGAAGAAAUUACUACUUCUGCGACGUUACAAACAACAGCUACAACGACGGGCUACAAUAGAGCCCCGAAUCUGGGGGCACGACAAACACGCAGCAGUGGUGGCAGCGCAAGCACCAAUACCAACACAGCUAGCAAUAAUACAGAUUACAAUAUUGGUGUACAUCAACAUCAGCAGCAGCAGCAACAGCAGCAGCAUCAUCAUCAUACCCAGCAUCAGCAUCAACACCAGCAUCAGACUUCAUUAGGUGGAGUGGCGUCAGUUGGUGGUGCAACGGCAACCGGUACUAGCUCAUCUGGUGGUGGCAGUACACAGAGUUCUGCAGCUGGACUUAAUCAUAACUUAUUAAAUCGUACGGGUGGUGUUGUCAUAGGACCACCCCCGGGUGUACAUUCCAAUCUUCAACAGCAACAGCAUUCUACAAAUCAGCAUCAUACGCUCAUAGCGACAACAACACAUUUUCCACAACAGCAGCAACAUCCUACAGCCCAUUUGCUACAACAUCCCAGUCAAGGAUCUCAGGCUCAUUAUUUAAGCCAACAAACCGGACCAACCUUCUAUACAGGACAUCCCCAGGCACACUUACAGCAACAGCCUCAGCAACAGGUGCAUUUCUAUCAGACUUAUCCAGCCGGCAAUUCAGCCUCAUCGGCGGCCAUAUUAAAUUUGAAUUUAAACUCGUAUCCCACAGCAGCCAACAAUACAACGGCUGCUGCUGUCGUAGGCGGUGCUCCUCUAAUUUAUCAGGUGCAACCACCCCAGCAGGGAGCACUAUUGAGUCAACAGACUACCAGUCAUCGUUAUCAUCAUCAGGUACAGCAACAGUCCGCUCCACCAAAUCUACAUCAUCAGCAGCAUCAACAGCACCAGCAUCAUCAAACACAAGCCCAGCAUUUGCAACAACAUCCAUCGGCCAUAGAACUUACAUUGGGCGGAACACUACCAGUUGGAGCGCACGAUACAAAUAUUGUCUAUCAGGCCACAAACUAUAGUGCCAACAGCAAUAGCGCACAUUCUCACAACCAUACGCAUCAACAACAACAACAACAUCAGCAGCAACAACAGCAGCAAAAUUCCCAUACUUUAAGACGCAGUUCACGAAGCAAAACGGGUUCUUGUGUCAGUUCUGUACAGGGCCAACAUCACGGCAGUGCGAGCAGCAGCAGUAGCAGUGGUAAUAGUAGUGGUGGUAACACUAACCACCGCACUGCUGCCACAAACGCAGCCAGUUUAUCCGUAGUUGUAGGCCAUCAAUUACAACAACAGCAGCAACCACCACAGGCAGCUCAUCAACUGGCUGCUGCCGCCCAUCAGCAUCAUCAGCAACAUAUUGUGCAACAACCACCGCCGCCUCAUCAUCAACUGUUGGGAAGUCAUCAUCAACAUCCCGCUCAUCCACCACCACCUCCCAAUCUCCACCAUCAUCAGCAGCAUCAUCAAACUGUAGCAACAGCUGGUGGUGCUGUUGUUGUUGCCAUAUCGCAACAGCAGCAACAACCGCAAAAUCAUUUAUUACACGCUCAACCCCCCCACCCACACGCUUUGCCGCCCCAACGUACCUCCAUAGUACAGCCGGGCUUUCUAUACAGUUAUCGUGCUACAGUGGGUGCUAAUAACAGUUCAGCAUCAUCGGCUAGUGGUUUGGGAUCGUCAUCGUCCGCAUCUGGCGCUGCUGCUGCUACUGUCACCAACGUUGUUGCAACAAACGUUGUGCCCCCCACAAACACAUCGUAUCUGGCUACGCAUCAAAACUCUAACAAGACAAGUGCUUCUGCGGAUGUAUUAAGCUAUAAUUUAAUGGCACAACAACAGUCUAAUUCAGGAUCAGUACCUCCACCACAGCCGCUACCACCAACAUCGUCUCAUUUAGCAGCAGCUGCUUCUGCUUCUGGUGGCCAGACAAAUAAUUCAGCUUCGUUAUCAGUUGCUAACGCCUUGGGCAGCACAACGUCUUCAAACACCAACAACUCCGCUACAGCAACCGGUGCGAACGUUAAUACGGCAGCGGCUGCUAAUAGCGGAGCGGGAGGUCCUAAUAAUACCGCUACAACGACGUCAUCAAAUAACACGAACAGCAACUCACAUGGUGAUUCGGAAAGUGAUGACAGCGAGGUUGGACGUUUGCAAGCGUUGCUUGAAGCCCGAGGUUUACCGCCUCAUCUUUUCGGCGCCCUGGGACCACGCAUGACUCACAUACUCCAUCGUACUAUAGGCAACAGUUCAACAUCUAAGGCCCAACAAUUGUUGCAGGGCCUACAGUCACACGAUGAGAGUCAACAGUUACAGGCGGCCAUUGAAAUGUGCCAAAUGUUGGUUAUGGGCAAUGAGGAUACCUUAGCCGGUUUCCCCAUCAAACAGGUGGUGCCAGCCCUAAUCACACUCUUGCGCAUGGAACAUAAUUUCGAUAUUAUGAAUAAUGCUUGCCGCGCCCUGGCCUACAUGUUGGAGGCCCUGCCUCGUUCAUCGGGCACGGUGGUGGAUGCUGUGCCGGUGUUUUUGGAAAAACUACAAGUUAUCCAGUGUAUGGAUGUGGCCGAGCAGAGUUUAACUGCCUUGGAAAUAUUGUCCAGACGUCAUAAUAAAGCCAUAUUGCAGGCUAAUGGUGUAUCGGCUUGUUUAACCUAUUUGGAUUUCUUCUCCAUCAAUGCACAGCGAGCAGCUUUAGCUAUAACUGCCAAUUGUUGUUUGAAUCUACACAAUGAAGAAUUCCACUUUGUUUCGGAAAGUUUACCGCUGUUGGCCCGUCUGCUGGCCCAACAAGAUAAAAAGUGUGUGGAAAGUGUUUGUUCGGCCUUUUGUCGUUUGGUAGAAAGUUUCCAACACGAUCCCAAACGCUUACAAGAGAUAGCUAGCAAGGAGCUGCUGAAAAACUGCCAACAAUUGUUGGUGGUUACACCGGCCUUGUUGAAUUCUGGCACUUUUACCGCUGUAGUGCGCAUGUUGAGCUUAAUGUGCGCCAACUGCCCAGAUUUGGCUAUUUCAUUGUUGAAAAGUGAUAUUGCUUCGACUUUAUUGUAUUUACUAACUGGAAAUGCUGAUCCCUUACCCAAAUCAAUUUCCACACAUGUUGAACUUAUAUCUCGAUCUCCUUCCGAAUUGUAUGAAAUUACUUGUUUGAUAGGCGAACUUAUGCCACGUUUGCCCACAGAUGGCAUAUUUGUGGUGGAUGCUUUACUCGAUCGUCCCACUAUAAAUACCCAAGAUCAAGUGCAGUGGCAAUGGCGUGACGACAGAGGAACUUGGCACAACUAUUCCACCAUAGAUUCUCGUAUGAUUGAGGCGGCCCAUUUGAAUUCCGAAGAUGAAUUCAGUUUGAGUACUUUGGGAAGAACGUAUACAGUGGAUUUCCACUCCAUGCAGCAGAUUAAUGAAGACACUGGCACCAAUAGACCGGUACAGAGGAAAAUAAAUCCCAACUAUCGGCCUACAGCAAAUACCAACGUAGCAACGGGACAAGAUUUGUCAGCUUCGGCAGUGGCCUCUGCCAUAACAGCCUUAAGUACCACGGUGACGGCAACAGCUACUGGCGGCUCUACACCUUCGGGUUCACAAAAACGACGGGCUUCUGUUGAUGCCCGUAUUGCCUGCCUGAAAGAGGAACGUGGCUUGGCUGCCGAAUUCAUUAAGAAUCUUUUCAAUGUCUUGUAUGAGGUCUACAGUUCAUCGGCAGGACCUAAUGUACGCUACAAAUGCUUAAGAGCUCUUCUACGCAUGGUUUACUAUGCAUCGUCGGAAUUGUUGAGUGAAGUUUUAAAAUACCAACUGGUCUCCAGUCACAUUGCGGGCAUGUUGGGCAGCAAUGAUUUACGUAUAGUGGUGGGUGCUCUGCAAAUGGCAGAGAUUCUUAUGCAAAAGUUGCCCGAUAUAUUUGGCACCCACUUCAGACGUGAGGGAGUGAUCUAUCAAAUCACCCAACUCACUGACCCCAAUCAUCCAAUAUGUGCUAAUCCUUCCCCCAAGCCGUUGGCUACAAAUAUGUCAGCCAGUGGUUCACAAAGUGCACCAGCCUCGGCCUCAAGUCUACAGGUUAAUCCAUUCUUUAUGGAUAAUGUACCACCUCAACCGGGAAGUACCUCAGCUUCGGGUACUCCAAAUACCUCAAAGCCACAUCACCAACAUCCCUACACCAUGAAGACAUUCUCACAUGCCAUGAAUGCUCUAACGGCGGCAGCAGCACAACAAGGAACUUCACCAUCUGGCUCAUCUAGCAAUUCACAAAAACUACCUACGUCCAUGGCCAUGAAUAUAAAUACCUCAGGUGGAACAUCAGCACAAAAUCCAAACAAUGAAAUGCCACAAUAUCACUACAGUUCAUCGGCACCAGCCCAUACACACAUGGCUAAUCCGCAACAACAACAGCAGCAGCAGCAAAACUUCUUUGUCUACACUACAUCGCCACAACAACCACCCUUGCCACCGCCUGGCACAGAAUAUGUAGCCUACAAUCAGUUACCCCCACCACCGCCACCCUCUACACACUAUGCAGCAUCUAGUGCACAACAACAGUAUCAUUCAAUGCCUUCGUCAGCGUCGACACAACAGCAAAAUGUUAAUACAACGCCAGCCUCUGCAUCGGCUACUGGCGGCGGCUCAUCUUCGUCGACUUCAGCACUGCAAAAUAAAAUGAGUGAUAUGCUUAAACGUAAGGUCCCACCGAAAAGAAAAUCACAAUCUACCACCCGUUCGAAAUCGCGACAGGAAGAUCAAACCUCCUCGUCAACUUCAACGUCCAAUGCACAGGCCUCCUCAUCGUCGACGGUGCAUGAGUUGCUUAGCAGAGCUACCAGUUUGGGAGGAGGAUCAACUGCUUCGGGCUCGGCUGGUCGUAGUACACCAAGUACUUCUUCGAAGGUACGUUUUAGUGGUGGCCACCACAGUUCUUCGUCCGGGCAACAGUCCUCGAAGACUUCUUCGUUUUUGGCCUCCCUCAAUCCGGCUAGAUGGGGACGUCAAGGAUCUCAUCAUAGUUCGUCUUCAGCAGCCAGUAACUCAGGUUUUACCAAAGAUUCUACCAGCAGCAGUAGUACAACGUCAUCAUCACAUCAUAAUCACAGCCAUCCAAAUAGUAGCGCCGGUUCAAGUGCAGGUCACUCCAUGGCCGGUUGUUCCUCCUUGGCUGCCCAAAAUAUCAGCAAAAGUAUAUCGCAAGCUAAUCUUAUAGCAGCUGGUAAUCGUGAAAAAGCCCGCCAAUGGAUACGCGAACAAGCCAUUUCGUUCAUUAAGCGUUAUGCCUCACAAGACUCCAAGCCGGGUACUUCUUCCGAGGGUUCGGCCUCGACAAAUGUCCUACAACGUCUGACCUCCGUUAUAAGCAAAUUGAAUGGUAGUUUUUCAGAUGUUCUGGAGGCUUUGCUCGAGUUGAAGACAAUUUUAUUGGAAAGUGACAUUUCGCCGUUUGAGGUCAAUCAUUCGGGUCUCAUUAAAGCCAUGCUUAACUUUAUGACCGCCGAAGAGGGCAUAGUGGAACGUGAUGCUAGAUUGAGAACAUUUAUGCAUGUAUUUGCUGGCUUGCCCUUAGAGCCCAUGGUCAAGGUGGGCAUUUUACCCAACAUAGAUGCCUCGGCCUUUGCCGCCUUUGUGUCAAAAUUAAAUGCCUGUGUUACACAACUGGAACAAUUCCCCGUUAAAGUGCAUGACUUCCCCGCUGGACCCGGUGGAGGUCGUUCAAAUACAAGUGCUUUGAAAUUCUUCAAUACCCAUCAACUAAAGUGUAAUUUACAACGUCAUCCGGAUUGCAAUAAUUUGCGCCAAUGGAAAGGCGGCACCGUUAAAAUCGAUCCUUUAGCUAUGGUCCAGGCCAUUGAACGUUAUUUAGUGGUUCGCGGCUAUGGUGGCAUACGUGGCGACUCCGAUGAUGAUUCCGAAGAAGAUAUGGAUGAUAAUGUGGCCGCCGUUGUGAUGUCACAAAGUGGCUUUAAGCACAAGUUACAAUUUCUAAUAGGUGAACACAUUCUACCUUACAACAUGACAGUUUAUCAGGCAGUGAAACAAUUUUCACCUUUGGUUAAUGAUCAGUCGGAAACGGAUACGGAUACUGAGACACCUUUAGGCAAUGCCAGCAUAUGGGUACAACAGCAUACCAUCUAUUAUCGCCCUGUAGAAGAAGAACCCUUGGCUGCCUCCUCUAGCAGUAGUAUCAACAACAAAUCAAAUAUACCAGGAGCUGGUACUUCAUCCUCUAUUCACAAUGGUGCUAUGGCUUCAUCAAGUUCUACCACAGGUGGACCCUCCACCUCCGUUGGCAAGAAAUCCAAUAAAUCCUCGUCGAAAUUGUUGCGCAAGAAAACGGAAUUAUGGCAUGAAGGUAUUGCACCCUCCGUGAUGUCUGCUCUUAAACCAUUCCUCACCAAUACACUGCCCGCCGAUGUGGUUACUAGCGUACAAGAUGCUUCCCUCGAUGCCCUCUGUAUGUUGCGCAUUAUCAACGGUUUGAAUCGUCACUGGGAGCAUUUGUACGGUUGUGUACACCGUCAACCGAUUAUAUCACAGUCUGAAUUUAUUCAUCCGAAGAUAACGGCUAAAGCCAAUCGCCAACUACAAGAUCCUUUGGUCAUAAUGACCGGUAAUCUGCCUCAGUGGUUGCCACAAAUUGGCAUGGCCUGUCCCUUCUUGUUCCCCUUCGAGACGAGACAUUUAUUGUUCUAUGCCACUAGCUUCGAUAGGGAUCGUGCUUUGCAGCGUCUCUUGGAUACAACGCCCGACCUAAAUUCAGCCGAAUCGUCGGAAAGAGUUGCACCCCGUUUGGAUCGCCGCAAGCGAGCCAUAUCGCGUCAAGAGAUAUUGAAACAAGCUGAACAUCUUAUACAAGAUUUUGGACAUUCAAAGGCUUUAUUGGAGAUACAGUAUGAGAAUGAGGUGGGCACUGGUUUGGGUCCAACUUUAGAAUUCUACGCUUUAGUAUCAGCCGAAUUGCAACGCAGUGAUUUGGGUAUUUGGAAUGGCAGCGAUAGUUAUAAACAGAACUCUGCCAAUAUAGUAGAUGUUGUCAAAUCUACCAGUGCCACUUUGCACAUAGACGAAUCCCAGGAUACCAAUUCACAAUCGGGUGAUAAUAACAUCACCACCACCACCAACACUACACCCAGUCCAAAUACAGCUUCAACACGUAACGCUAGUCGUAAUAAUCGUGACAGCCUAGGAGUAGCAACACGCAGCAGCUUGGUAGCCACCAAUAAUUCAAUUAAUAAUCAACAACAGCAACAACAACAUUCACCUCAGGCCGGUGAAGAUGCCUUAGACAUGCUUAUCGAACAGCAGGGUGAUUUAAUCGAUCAACAGCAUACGGUGGGAGAUCCUUCUAUGCCCUUGCUAGAUAAUCCCAUAGCGAUAACAACCGCUACCACACCCAUCCUACAGGUUAAUAGCACUCCUCAUCAUGUAACUGUGACAUAUGUGAAUGCAGCUCAUGGCCUGUUCCCCUUGCCAUUGGGUAAAUCUUCAAAAUUGCCACAUGUCUCGAAAGUUAAAUCGAAAUUUAAAUUUUUGGGCAAAUUUAUGGCCAAGGCGGUCAUGGAUAGUAGAAUGCUGGAUUUACCAUUUUCUAUACCCUUCUAUCGUUGGAUUUUGAAUGAAGAACAUUCAGUAGGCUUAUCCGAUCUGUCACGCGUCGCUCCCGAAGUGCAAAGCACUUUGGUGCGUUUGCAGGAUGUGGUACAUCAACGUGAAAUGAUUUUAGCCGAUACAAGUUUAGAUGCUAUGGAAAAGACUGAAAAGAUUGAAUCCUUGGAUUUGGAUGGUUGUCCCAUAGCCGAUUUAGGUUUAGAUUUUAUUUUACCCGGCCAUGCCAAUAUUGAAUUGUGUCGUGGCGGUCGUGAUACUCCAGUAACUGUACAUAAUUUACAUCAAUAUAUUAGUUUAGUUACAUAUUGGUUCCUUGUUGAAGGUGUACAAAAACAAUUUGAAGCUCUUAAAGAAGGUUUCGAUUCAGUUUUUCCUACACAUCGUUUGCGCAUGUUCUACCCCGAAGAAUUGGAGAAUGUAUUUUGCGGCAGUGUCAACGGCACUUACCAACGUUGGGACGUUAAAAUGCUACAGGACAGCUGUCGUACCGAUCAUGGUUUCAAUCAAGAUUCUCAAGCCAUACAAUUCCUCUACGAAAUACUCUCAACGUACACGCGCGAGGAGCAACGUCUAUUUUUGCAAUUUGUAACGGGUUCGCCCCGUCUACCCACGGGCGGUUUUAAAUCUCUAACACCACCACUAACUAUAGUACGUAAGACAUUAGAUGCCAAUCAAAAUCCCAACGAUUAUUUGCCCUCAGUAAUGACAUGUGUUAACUAUUUAAAAUUACCCGACUAUUCGAGUCGUGAGGUGAUGAGACAAAAGCUUAAAAUGGCCGCCAAUGAGGGCAGUAUGUCGUUCCAUUUGUCUUAAAUUGUGUUAGAAAGAAAGCAAAUAAAUAUAUAUUCUUAGCAAGAAAUUACGCACAUAGAGUAUUUUUUAAAGACAUACAAUAAUAUACAAUACAUAUUUGUUCUGCUGUAGCAAAAUUAAAAAGGGUAGUUAUUGAAAAAAAAACUCACACACACACAUACGAAAAAUAAUAACAAAUAAUGGUGAUAAUUUUUAUGAUUUAAAUAAUUAUUUUUUGAUUUUUUAUUUUCUAAUGUAUUAUUUUGUAAGAAAUGGUGAUGUUGCUGUUAGAGCAAAUUUAUAUAAAAACAAAAAAAAACAUAAAAAUAAAAUGCUAAACAAAAACCAGAAUUAUUCAAACAAGAAAUAUAUAUAAAUACAAUAAUAUAAAAUUUAAUUUAAAUGAAAUUCAUAUUUAAUUAAAUCUCUCCUCUCCCCCCCCACACACAUAUAUACAUUAAAAAAAAACAAAAUAAAUAAACUUGAAAUAAAAUAAAAAUUUAAUUAAACUAGAAUUAAUAUGAAAGAAACAAAAGUAACGUAAACAAUUUUAUGCAUAAAAUACUUUAAACAGAAAUAAUAAGUUUUCAGUUGAUUGACUUAUUUUUUUUUAUAAAUAGCUUGUUUAAAACUCCCAGAAUUCUGUGUAAAGGAAUUAAACUGAAAACCUUAAAUAUUCUUAAUAUAUUUUUGGGUCUUUAUGUAACUUAAACAAAAAGCAAAGCAACCAACCCUUUGAAUAAGACUAAAACUAUUUUUACUAUUAUUUAAAAAAGGGUAAUUAAUCAAUAAAUUAAUUAAUGUUUCAAUUAUAUUUCUCUCUCUUUUUUUUUGUGUAAUUUUUAAACAAAUUUAUAUAGUUGAAUUUCGUUUGUUAAUUUUUUAUAUGCUUACGUUUAAUAUAUUUUUUUAAAAUAAUUUCUUAAAUAUUUUUUGUAUUUUUUUCUAGUAAUUAUAUUACAAAACUGAAUUAAAAAUAACUUGAAUUUUUUUUCUUUAAAAAAAAAAAUUACUGCAUAAAAUAUUAUUCGCUUUAAGUUUUAUUUUUAUUUAUGAUUUAUUUAAUAUUAUAAUAUAUUUUUCUCUUUUUUGUUAUGUGGCUUUAUAUUAAUUUAAAAUUAUUAAAUUCAUAUACUAUUUCAAUUAAAUUAAUGUUUAGUUAUAAAAAUAAACAUAAAAAUUAAUAAAAAAAAAACAAACCUCCACUUUAUAUACAGAAAUAUUACAAUAAGUAACUAAAGUGUUUAUUAAAGAAAAAAAAAAUAAUAUCAACAA